CUCUCGGCAUUCUUGGAGUAGCAAAGGAACAGAAAAAAAAAUGUCGGAGAAGAAGGGAAGGAAAGAGGAGGUGGUGACCAGAGAGUACACUAUCAACCUUCACCGACGCCUUCAUAGCUGUACCUUUAAGAAGAAGGCACCAAAGGCAAUCAAGGAGAUAAGGAAGUUUGCAGGGAAGGCAAUGGGGACAAAGGAUGUGAGAGUAGAUGUGAAGCUGAACAAGCAGAUUUGGAGCAGAGGUAUCAGAGGUCCUCCUAGAAGGAUCAGAGUCCGUGUUGCUCGUAAGAGAAAUGAUGAUGAAGAUGCCAAGGAAGAGUUCUUCUCUCUUGUUACUGUUGCUGAAAUCCCUGCAGAAGGUCUCUCUGGCCUUGGCACUAAAGUCAUCGAUGAAGAGGAUUGAUUGAACAAUCUUGUAACCUCUUAUCUGAUAUAGUUUUAUUUCUCAACUUUGGAAUUUUACUUUCGAACCAAAUGAUGCAGCUAUUGGAGAGAACAUUUAUAUCUUCUUUGACACUUGAUUCAAUUUUCAUGAAAAAAAAACGUAGAAAGGAA